AUGGUUGCGCCUGGACCCGCGCCCCUGAGCACCUUGGUGGAUCAAUUGCCCUCGACAGAUCGCACUACGCGCCAGAGAAAGUUCAACGGCGCCAACAAAGACACCAAUGCGUUCGGUUCCAAUGGCCACGCGGGCCCGAACAAGCUCCUCAAUCGCCGAAAGUCCCGGUCCUUUUCGCGUCGCUUGAAAUACAUCGCCACGAAAUACACCUGGGCCGUUCCUCUGGCCAUCCUGGUUGCAUUUUUUGCCUUCUAUGCCCUUGAUCCAACCGAAUCCAAUAUCGUGCACCAUUUCAUUUUCCUCUCCUACGAGCAAUCGCCGCCCGAUUUCGAUACCGACCCCACCGCCCCUCGUCAAUAUGGCAAAGGCCUCUGGGAUAUCGCCUUUGUGGUUUUCUAUACGAUCGUCUUGACAUUCACGCGCGAGUUUAUCAUGCAGCAGAUCCUGCGGCCCCUCGCGCAGAUCUGCAUCAAGACCCGCGGCAAGCAACUGCGCUAUAUGGAGCAGAUGUACACGGCCAUCUACUUUGGAAUUAUGGGCUCCGCGGGGAUCUACGUGAUGCGCCAAACCCCGGUCUGGUACUUCAACACGCGGGGCAUGUACGAAUUCUUCCCGCACAAAACCCACGAGGCGGCGUUCAAGUUUUACUACUUGUUUCAGGCGGCAUAUUGGGCGCAGCAGGCUCUGGUAAUGUUGCUGGGCAUGGAAAAACCCCGCAAGGACUUCAAGGAGCUGGUGGCACAUCAUAUCGUGACCUUGGUUCUUAUUUCCUUGAGCUACCGGUUUCACUUCACGUAUAUGGGCAUUGGAGUGUAUAUAACCCAUGAUCUCAGUGAUUUCUUCCUUGCCGUGUCGAAAUCUCUGCAUUAUAUGGGCACAGACCUCGUCAUUCCAUUCUAUGCUAUCUCGGUGGGAGCCUGGAUCUACCUUCGCCACUACCUCAAUCUGCAUAUCCUUUACUCGCUUCUGACCGAUUUCCGAACCGUGGGUCCCUACGAGCUGAAUUGGGAGACUCAGCAAUACAAAUGCUGGAUCUCGAACAUCAUCACUUUCACUCUCCUGGCUGUCCUCCAGUCUCUAAACCUCUUCUGGUUAUACUGUCUACUGCGCAGCGCGUGGCGACUUUUCGUCCACGGCGAGAAAAAGGAUGACCGGUCCGAAGAAGACGAAUCGGAGCUCGAAAUGGAACGCAAGAUGGAGAAAGAAAAACACUUGCUCGUCGGUAAUGGUUCUGCCCAUGGCAGUGUGAAUGGCAUGGCCAAGGCCACUGUCAAUGGAGUUACGCCGGAUCAACCGAGGUCAAAGCCUCUAUAG